AUGUAUGUUAUAAUAGCGGACACCGACAUCAGAAAUGAUGCUAACAGUAACAUAUUUUAUCGAGAAAUUACUGAUACAGAUGUGAAUAUAUUAUCAUCCAUCACAGAUAUGAUUAAAAAUGCAUAUUCUAUCUUGGUUAGCACCUAUAAAAUCGUUUGGUCAUUUAUGGCAACGUGGGAUCGUGUACCAGGACACAAAGGCGAUUCGGGUCGGAAUACAUUUCAAGCAAUUAUUGCAACAAAUAUUUUCUACUCGUUUACCAUAUUCUCCUAUUAUAAACUUGAAUGGUCAUUGGGACAAUGGUCCGGAUAUCCCUCAGACGGUUUACUUACAACACCCUAUGGUGGUUCAACGCUAGCUGGUUAUACGUUGCAAUUCCAUGGCAUAUGUUUCAAUGAAACAUCGUCCUAUCGAAUUAAAAUUGAAAAUCUUACAAUAAUGAGCGAUUUCGUUGCUGAUUAUACUCGUCAGGCAAACGAUAAUAAUCAAUUGAAUAUCACACCUGUACAGCCAAUUUUAUUACAGUCAAGUGUAAACUUAUCAUUAAUCGAUGAUGAUACUUAUUAUCUAAAUAAUUUUACAUUAUUGAAGUCUAAUACAUCAAUUUAUAUAUUUGCAAUAAGUUCUGAACAAUCAAAAUCAUCACAACAAACUCGGGGAUUCUUUUCUACUUUUGGUUGCAUAACAUCUGGAUUUUUUCUUUUAAGUCCAUUAAUAAAUUCUAUUGGUUGUGCUUUGUGGAGUCUAAUGCCUGCGAAUCCAGUUAGAACACAACCGUGUCCAUGUAUCGUACCAAGUACAUUUGAAAGUGAAUACGGAGGUUUCAAACAAGAUGAUGCAUGUAAACUUGGUCUAGCUUGGGGUUGUAAUUUUUUUCAUCCCGGUGCACAUGGAUGUUACAGAGGCGAAGCAGAACAAGCUAUCGGUGGUGCACGGUCACAAUGUUGUUAUACACAAGAUGGAAAAUGGAUAGGAAAAGAAGAAAAUGGAGCUAGAACGUUGGACGUAUUAUUCACUUGGUAUGGUCAUUUUGCUCUUGAUGUCGUACCAUUUGUGACCUGUUGUAAGUGGUCCAACCAGUGUCGCACAUAUUACGAGAAACAAUCACCAGAUACAUGUACAAAUGAACUAAAUCCACCUCUCCCUGCAGGCGGAAAAUGUGAUCCACACUUCACGUGUUACAAUAAUUAUUCCUAUACAUUUAAUGGUUAUGGUGAAUACGUUCUAUUUAAAACAUCGUCUAUUGAAAUUCAAAUACAAUUAGAACCAAUUGAAAGUAAUAUAAUAAAUAAUCAUGCCACAGUCAUACAAGCAUUUGUUAUAAAAAAUGCCAAUUAUCCUAAAGUACAAUUUGAACUAUUCACCGAGUUGAAAUUGUUAGAAAUACGAGUGAAUAAUCGUCUUGUCACAUUAAACGUUGAUGUUGACGAUCUUUAUUCAGACGAAUACUUAACGGUAGCACAGACAAAUGAUACUACAUAUCGUAUUGAUUAUACCAACAGUAGGUAUGUUACAAACCCGAACCCAAGUCUGGACUUGGGUUUGGAUAUUGGGUACCCAAGUCUGAGACUUGGGUUUGGAUAUUGGGUCAGACUUGGGUUAUUAAAAGACUCCUUUUAACUGAGAUACCUUCUUUUGUUGUGGCUUUUUGAGAAAACAGGAUGUAAGAUGUUUAUUUCGGCCUGUGGGCACAUAUAAUGCC